UUCGAGAAAAUGGCCUUAUCCUGUGAAUACUUCCGGAACGUCUUCCCCAUAUCCUUCGUUCUCGGGUUCUACGUAACGAUCGUGGUGCAGCGCUGGUGGGCACAGUACAUGCUGAUCCCGUGGCCCGAUACCAUCUGUCUGCUGGCCAACACGUACAUCCAGGGACAGGACGACCGUGCAAGGAUGAUCAGGAAGAACUUUGCUCGCUACAUCAACCUCGCCUUCGCCCUCGCCUUCUCCAGGAUCUCCCCUCGAGUGGCGCGUCGUUUCCCCUCGUAUCAGCAUUUCAUUGAGGCAGGCUACAUGACCCACGGCGAGAAGGCAAUCUUCGAGAUGAUGGACGAGCAGACCAAACACCACAAGAUCUGGAUGCCUCUCUCGUGGGCGUGUCAGCUGACGGUGCGGGCGAGGCAGGAGGGGCGUGUCCCAGAUGACUACGGGCAGGAAGCGAUAAUCCAUGAAGUGACGAACUUGAGAUACAAUUGCGGGAAGCUUCAAGAGUACCAUCACAUGAGUGUGCCUCUUGUGUACACGCAGGUGGUGACCAUGGCUACGUAUUCCUACUUCGGCUUCGCAAUCCUAGGCCGGCAGUUCCUAGACACUUCUCAGGGCUACGACAAACACAAGAUUGAUUUCUACGUUCCGAUCUUCACUUUAUUGCAAUUCAUCUUCUACGUGGGUUGGCUGAAGGUGGCCGAGUCGCUGCUGAACCCGUUCGGAGACGAUGACGAUGACUUCGACACGUGCGACUUUCUGGAUCGUCAUUUUGAGGUAUCCUACAUGAUCGUGGACGUGAUGCACAAGUCGUACCCGGAGACCCUGAACAACUACUGGGACAACAGUUCCUUCCAGCUCGCAUCCGUGUCCAACGCUGGGGAUCAUCAGGGCUACAAGAACAACGCCCACAGCAAGAAGUCCCAGAACUCACAGAAAAACAACAAACAGGAGAAACUUUCUCCGGUGAUUAAGUAUUACAUGGAGUCGUCUGGAACACCGUCACCGCGGGGCCUCCAAUCCCCGUCCGCCGCUACGCCACGCACCAGGGCCCAGAGAUCACGGUGUAACCAGACGUGCAGCCGGGUGAACGUGUCCGUCGGGACCCAGGACGACCUCCCUCCCCCAGCGGCGCCUCCGAACGACCACCCUCUUCCGACCUCCCCCGGGGCCCUCCACACCACGAGGGUCUACAUCCCCGCCAUCAACGACCACCUGGGGGCCCACGACGCGACCCCCCAGAACAGGGACCUCCCCGACCCCCCCGAGGACGACCAAGAGAUCAGCACUUUGUCGAGGUCGUUGGCUCACCAGUACACCAACGGGGGUUUCCUGGCGAAGUGACCCUCCCUGCCUCGUUCCCCUUGUCCCCGCCGCGCCCGAGUGAGAAGGACCAGCUCCACCUCCGCCUGUCCUCGGAAGGGGAGGAGGCAAGAACGAGGCGAGAAAACGACCCCUUGGCUUCCCCUCCUCGGCCCUGCUUCGGUCCCGGGUCGGGUCGUGACGUCAUGCCUCUCCCCUUACCUUCCCCUAUGAGGUGGUGACGUUCAAA